AUGCCUGUAAUAAAGUUACAAAAAGAGUCCAAUUUAUGGGAUCAAAUAUGUGCUGAGUUUGCUGCAAAGCGCUCGUUAACUGAAGAAGAUGAUAUAAGAAAACAACCACUUGACAAUGUUAACAUUGAUCAAGUUUAUUAUGAUCCUUCCAUUCAUUCUGCGGUAUUUUGUAAUUAUUCUCAUACAGCCGUACCCAUCGAUGAUCCUAGACAAAUUCAGUUUGAUCCACAAAUUUCACAUCCAGCUUUAAUCGGAUAUGCAUUAAAUCCAAUUGAAAAUGUUGAGAAACCGAGCGACGAUAAAAAAUCUGUCGAUACCAAAAUUGCUCCUACUCCAAAACAAAUGCCAACAAUUGAUUAUCUUGAAAAACUUGUUUACCCAACCUUAUUACCGGCUAUUGAACAAUUAUUAAUUGAAGCGGAAAAAAAUAAAUGUCUUGAACGAAAACGGUGUGCAUUUAAUGCAUGUGACUUUCUUACACGUUAUUUAUAUCAUAUGAAUCAAAAUCGGUUGAAAAUUGAUGAUAAGAAAGAACAACAGAAACCUUCACGUAUACUCUCAGAAACAAUGACACUUGAAGAGAUACCAUUUGUUCGUACACAUUUAGAAAAAUAUCCUCGACCACCAUUACCAAAAUCAUUGAUAUGGACUGAAGAGGAAGCAGCAUUGAAAAUUCAAUCUUAUUUUCGUGGCUAUCGUGUUAGAAAACAAUCUGAUAUUCAAGAACUUCGUAUUUGGCAACAGGAAUGGAGGGAUAUGGGAAAAGAUAUUCAUGAAGUUGUAAAUGAUUUUUGGGAACAUCAACAAAAACGAAGUUUAUCAUCAAAUUGA